AUCAGUUUGGUCGGCAAGAAUAAAAUUAAAAAAAUGCAGGUCGAACAAAAGCCCAUAAAAGCCCAGCUCACACAAGGCAAUAUUAGGGAAGCUGUCUUCAAGGGUUGCUUUCUUCUCCACCUCCCUAUCGAAACCGCCGUCGUUUUUAUCUCCUCUUUUAAACUAAUCCAUGGACCAGAGCAAGCUCAAGAGAUGCUCCGCAUCAUCAUCCUCCCAUGCUGAAGCAGCUGCUGAGGCUACAGAUCCUUUGCAAAAGGCAGAAAGAGAGUUGGAUGAUUUGGAGACAGAAGUUGAUAGUCGGAAGAAGCGGAAGCAGGAGGAAGAAACCACAGAGAAGAAAAAAAAGUGUUGUUUUGGCACUAAAGAUGCAGAGGGAAACAAUGAGCAUACCAUAUUCGUCACGGGUUUUGAUAAUAGCGGUUCUAGGGAUGAGAUCAGGAGCGCACUGGCCAAACAUUUCAGUUCAUGUGGAGAGUUGACGAGGGUUUUUGUUCACAUCGAGUGUGAAACCGGUGUUUCCAGAGGAUAUGCUUUUAUUAAUCUGAAAAAACGUGGUGGUGAGAUUGAGGCCGCGUUAUCUCUCAAUGGAAGCGACUUGGGAGGUCAUAAGCUUCUGCUUAAGGCUAAUCCAAAAACACACCUGACAUGCUCAACCUUAAUCUAA